AUGGCAAUCAAAGUUGGAAUUAAUGGUUUUGGAAGAAUCGGAAGAUUAGUCGCAAGAGUGAUCCUCUCUCGCCCCGAGUUUGAGUUGGUUGCUUUGAACGACCCAUUCAUGGAUCCAAAGUAUAUGGAAUACAUGCUCAAGUAUGAUACCGUCCACGGAAAGUUCCCAGGCACCGUUGCUGUUGAAGAAGGAAACUUAGUAGUUGAUGGACACAAGAUCAUUGUCAAGGCUGAGAGAGAUCCAGCUCAAAUUGGAUGGGGAACCCUCGGUGUUGAUUACGUCGUUGAAUCCACUGGUGUCUUCACCACUAUUCCAAAAUGUGAAGCUCACAUUAAGGGUGGUGCCAAGAAAGUCAUCAUCUCAGCUCCAUCUGCUGAUGCCCCAAUGUUCGUCGUUGGUGUCAACACUGAAGCUUACAAACCAGAAAUGAACGUUUUGUCCAACGCUUCAUGCACUACUAACUGCCUUGCUCCACUCGCUAAGAUCAUCAACAACGAAUUCGGAAUCAUUGAAGGUCUUAUGACUACUAUCCACUCCACUACUGCUACUCAAAAGACCGUCGACGGUCCAUCCGGAAAGGACUGGAGAGCCGGCAGAUGUGCUGCUUGCAAUAUCAUCCCAGCUUCUACUGGUGCUGCUAAGGCUGUCGGAAAAGUCAUCCCAUCAUUGAACGGAAAGCUCACUGGUAUGUCAUUCAGAGUUGGAACUCCAGAUGUCUCAUGUGUCGAUUUGACUGUCAGAACUGAAAAGGAAGUCUCCGUUGAAGCCAUCAACGCCGCUAUCACUAAAUACGCUGAAGGCGAACUCAAGGGUAUUAUGGGAAUCACCCACGACUUGGUCGUCUCAUCUGAUUUCAUCCAUGAUAACAGAAGCUCCAUCUUCGAUGCCGCUGCUACUAUCAUCUUGAACCCACACUUCUGCAAGCUUGUCUCAUGGUACGACAACGAGUGGGGAUAUUCCACAAGACUUGUUGAUCUCAUCCAGAUUAUUAACAAGGUCCACUAA